AUGGUCAAGGAAACGAAGCUCUACGACCUGCUAGGGAUCAGCCCUACGGCUACCCAGGACGAGAUCAAGAAAGCCUACAGGAAAGCCGCCCUAAAAUGGCACCCCGACAAGAACAAGGACAACCCGGAGGCUGCCGAGAAAUUCAAGGAGUGCUCUCAGGCGUAUGAAAUCCUUUCGGAUCCCGAGAAACGCAAGAUGUACGACCAGUUCGGCCUUGAAUUUAUCCUGAGAGGCGGCCCGCCCCCGACUGAGGGCGGCGCAAACCCAUUUGCUGGAGCCGGUGGCAUGCCCGAGGGCUUUGCUUCUUUCUUUGGAGGAGGAGGCAUGCCUGGCGGCGGAGGAGGUGCGAGAACAUUUUCCUAUGGAUUCAAUUUUACCAACCCCGAGGACCUCUUCCGGGAUGCUUUUCGGGAUGAAAAAAUGGGUGGUGGCAUGGGUGGUGGCAUGGGCGGAAUGGGUUUUGAAGACAUCCUCUUUAAUGCUGCGCGUGGUGGUGCAGGACCGCGCCGAGCUGCGAGAAACCCCUUCGGCGGCGGCGACAACAUGCGCAGCGCCCGCCAAGCAACACCCGAAGUCACGACAGUUGAACGCCCCUUGCCCGUAUCCCUCGAGGAUCUGUUCCACGGCACGACGAAGAAAAUGAAGAUCAAGCGCAAGACCUUUGACGAGACUGGUAAGCGCACGACGAGCGAUACCGUCUUGGAGGUACCAAUCAAGCCCGGCCUCAAGAAGGGUAGCAAAAUCCGGUUCAAGGGUGUUGGUGAUCAAGAAGAGGGUGGCCAGCAGGAUCUGGUGUUCGUCGUCGAAGAGAAACCACAUCCGCUUUUCACUCGGGACGGCAACGACCUCAUUCAUACUAUCGACUUAGACCUCAAGGAGGCAUUGACAGGGUGGAAGAGAACCAUCACGACGAUCGACGGCAAGAGCAUUAACAUUGAGAAGGCCGGUCCGACACAACCUGGGAGCCAAGAUGUAUAUCCGGGCCUGGGCAUGCCCAUCUCGAAGCAACCAGGCCAACGGGGCAACCUCAUCGUCAAGUAUAAUGUCAAGUUCCCCACCAGCUUGACGCCUGAACAAAAGGAAAAACUGAAGGAAAUCCUCUAAAUGGGGUCAAGCGAUGAGUAUCGGUUCUCUGUAGUAGUUCACUCUCGGAUACCUUUGUCCUUCUUGUCGCCUCAACACGAAGGGACCAGCAGUCUUCAGGAUUCGCCUGAAGAACAGCUUUCAACGCCGGCCUUUGGCAACAUUCGGGAACCUGUUCGGACCCACCCCCUUGAGGGUAUGUAGAAUGGCGGGCGUGUUGGAUUUGUUUUCUACCCGGGGGGCAUUUGCUUUGGUCUCUGUCCGCCAUGUGCGGUUCUUGACCAUGGUCCACCAUAUUUGGGCGUUAUUGGAUUCGUUUCUUUUUUUGGUGCUCAGCUUUCAUCGCGUCAGGCUCGCAUUGAGAUUGGUAUUGUUGGUUUAGGCGGCAUAUGUGGUGGGAGCUGGUGAUGACAAUUUUGAUGAUAAUGAGUAUCCCCGACAAAAGUUCAUAGGCCCCCUGUUGUGAAUGUUGGGAGAGGAAAGGGCGCUGGUCUCUCUUAGCAUGUUGCGUU